GGUAUUGUUUCCAUUAAUGUUUCAUGGUGUUUUGUGGUUUCCUAUUAAUUUUUUUUUUUUCUUAACUCAUAAUGUCAUUAAAUGAUGCUUUAUUAUGAUUUAUUGACGUGAAAGUUAAAUACCAUCAUCAAGAUUUCCAUUUACUGGGUAAUAUAAUUACGUACACAUCCCAACAACAAUGGACGGGAAGAAAAUAUCAUUCGGCUUUCUCAAGACGAAAAAAGUUGAGAAGCCAGUAGUAGAAGAGAAAAAAGAAUUUAUUGAGUGUAUGGAAGAAAAAGCUAUCAAAGUAGUCGGUGGUGAGCAAAUUAAAGAAGAAGCACCUUUGAUAAUACCAAUGAAACCAAACACUUUAGUAACAGCUGAAAGACUGAAACAAAUAGCUGAAGAAGUUGAAAGUGUACUAGAUGAACCUGAACCUGAAAUAAAGAAAAGUCCAAAGUCGGAGAAUAUUACUGAAAAUGAAACAUUAGAUCAAAUGGUUGUCAGAGAACUUCUACAAGAGGCAAAGAAGGAGGUUAAAUUGGAAACUGAAGAGUUGACUGUGCCAAUACCCGCAAAACCUAUUUUUCAAGGAACCAAAGAGUCCACACUUGAAGAUUAUGAAGUAGUUCCAGUACAACAAUUUGGCAUGGCAAUGCUACGUGGCAUGGGAUGGUCCCCAAGUAAAGAAACAUCAAAAUAUAAACAACCCCAACUACGUCCAAAAGGUUUGGGCUUAGGUGCUGAUAAGGUAGUAUCUGAAAAGAAGAAAACGCCAGUUAAUGAAAAAGGGGAAGAACUGAUUAUUACUAAAAAUUCUUAUGUGAAAAUCACAACUGGAAAAUACAGCGGUUAUUAUGGUAAAGUGCUAAGCUUAGAUGAAGACAAUGGUCGUGUAAUGGUUGACAUUGCUGUAAAAAAAGAAACUGUCAGUUUGAGUGAAUUCAUGAUGCAGGCGGUGACAAAGACUGAAUACGACAAGGAGUCUAAAGUCAUAAAUGCAGAUUCCUUUGAUGAAUACAAGAGAGCCGAAAUGAAAUCAGAGAAAAUGUCAAAACGUGACCCCCCAAAGGCUGAUAGAGAAGCAACAUCUAGCAGAAAAGAUACUAAGAAUGGGGACAAAAACGAUGACAGAAUCUCAAGGAAAAAUGUUGAUGAAGUGAAAGAUGGAAGAGGCAGAGAUAAAUAUAGAAGAGAUUCUUCUGGCAGUGAAGAAAGAUCAAGAAAACCGCGGAAAGAGAAAAAGAAAAGAUACAGCAGUAGUGAUUCCAUGAGUUCCCUUUCUGAUGCUGACAGAAAAAGACAUAAAUCAAGUAAAAAACGCUACAGCAGUACGGAUUCUGAUUCCGAUUCACCUAAAAGGGAGAAGAGAAAAAAAACAUCAGAAAAAAAGAGAGACAUAGAUAAGAAACGAAAGGGAAAAAAGAAGAAGAGGGAUAGAGAUCGAUCGCCGAACUACAAGAAACAUAGAAAAUAAGUUUAAUGUUAGUGAAAUAAAUGUACAAAAUUUGUGUAUUUGUUUUAUUAUAUUUGGUU